AUGUCUCAGAGCUGCGGGAAAUGUGGAGCAUUGAAAUGGCAGAAGGAAACGAAAGGCAUGUGCUGCUCGAAUGGCAAAGUUUCUUUGCCAACACUUACUUCUCCAGAACCUCUCCAAACUCUGUUAAAGAGAGAAACAGCAGAAAGCCGUCAUUUUCUCGAUAACAUGCGCAAGUACAACAGCUGUUUUCAGAUGACGAGAUUUGGAGCUGACAAAGAAGUCACUGAGCACGGCUACAUGCCAACUUUUAAGGUUCAAGGGCAAGUUUAUCACACUAUCGGCAGUCUUCUUCCAAUGGCCGGUAAAGAGGCCAAGUUUCUCCAGAUCUACUUCAUUGGAGACCCAAAAGACCAGGCUAAACGACAAGGUCAGGUUAUUCCUGGAACCAGGCUCCCCAUUAUCCAUUUCAAGUAUGCAUUUGAAAACGAUCCAGGAAGAGAGUUUGACAUUGUCAUCAAUCCUGACAAGGUACCUUCGGAGGAACAUCGCCGUCGCUUCAAUGCUCCUGUUGUUUCUGAGGUGGCAGCUGUCAUUUCUGGGUACGAGAAGGGACAGCGUGACAUCGUAAUCAGACACAGAAACAAUGAACUGGAGAGGAUCAGUUCAUCUAAUAGGGCGUACGACGGUCCUCAAUAUCCACUCAUCUACACCAGAGGUGAAAACGGCUACUAUUGGCAAAUCUACAAGCAAGAUUCAGGUGGCGGUCCAAUAGAGAAAAAGGUGACAGCUAUGGAGUUUUAUGCAUACCAUCUAAUGUUACGGCUAGGUUCUUCAGACCACCUCUUUCGCGAGCGAGACCUUUUUCAUCAGUUCUUGGUAGACAUGUAUGCGAAGAUCGAGAGUGAGCGACUUGCUUACAUUGUCAGCCAUCAGAAAGAGCUUAGGGUAUACGAUUAUGCUCACCUUCGAGAUUCUAUCAAUAACGAUGCUGCCCAUGGCCAUGAGCUUGGAAAGAUGGUUAUUCUUCCCGCGACUUUUACAGGUGGGCCAAGGUACAUGCAAGAAAAGACGAAAGAUGCUCUGACAUAUGUCAAACAUUAUGGCCGUCCUGACCUCUUUAUUACUUUCACGUGUAAUCCAAAGUGGGCUGAAAUCACUGCUGAGCUACUGCCAGGACAAGCUUCCUCUAACCGUCACGACAUUAUUGCCAGAGUCUUCAGACAGAAGAUUGUCAAGAUAAUUGAUCUCUUCACCAAAUACAACAUCUUUGAUCUCACCCGAUGUGACAUGUACUCGAUUGAGUGGCAAAAGCGUGGCCUGCCCCACGCCCACAUUCUUCUCUGGCUACAGCAAAAACUCCGUCCAGCCCAGAUUGACUCUUUUAUUAGCGCCGAACUGCCCAGUCAACAAGAAGACCCCGAGCUACACGAUAUCAUCAAGAGCCACAUGGUUCAUGGACCUUGCGGUCGCUUCAAUCCUAACUCUCCGUGCAUGAAGGAUGGUAAAUGCACAAAGAACUACCCUAAGCGAGCCUUGAAAGAGACUCAGACUGGUCGCCAUGGCUACCCGCUCUACAAACGCCGCAAACUAGAAGACGGAGGGUCGACAGCCAAGAUCAACUUCCGACUCAGUGGCCAAUACCAAGAAGUCGAGAUUGAUAACCAGUAG